CUGCCACUCCGCGCUAAAACGCAUCAGCUGUCUCGCGCUGCCGGUUGCCAACACAGGGGCGAUUCUGCUCGCGAAAAGCAGCGCCGUGUUCGUCGCUCUCCCUCCGCUCUCAUCCGGACGACACUCGACCUUGAAGAAGGAGAUCUCCGUGAUCAAAAUAGCUCCGGGUUGAACUUCCACCAACCAACACGUCGGUAGGAGGAGUCAACAGGUACUGGGGUUUCUAUUCCUGUGACAAUGCCAUCGCCAGUGGCUUGACAGGGGCCGUGUGAGCUGCACGGUGUAGCUGGGCAGUGGAGGACAAGCUCCUGGACCAGACUCACCGCGGGCAACAGCCACACACCAACACUGGGAAAGAGCUGUCACGGUGACUCACAUUGACAGGGUCAAGCCGCCGGGAGGACCAUGUGACCUCUCUGCUGGCCCCGCCCACCAUUGCUGACUCGUCCGCGGUCACUUCCUGUCAGGCCUCGUUCUCUCUCUCUCUGCGGCGGCCGGUGGCAUCAGAGCGGAACCGAGCGGAGAUCUCGACGCCUUUACGUCCACGGCACCGUGCGUCCAACUCCUGCGGAAAAUCUGAACUGGGACCAGAGGACACACACACACACACACACACACACACACACACAUAGAGAGAGAGGACACUCAGGACACCUCAGACACGUUUUUUGUCGAGUAAGGGAGUGCUGCAAGAAGAAAAAAAUAGUCUGAGUUUUGAGUCGUUUUUUUCCUUCAAAGAAAACAAUCUGUGUGUCGUCUUUUUUUUACUGCAAGUCUCCUGACCUUCCUCUUAUCUGUGCACAGUCAGACACGUGCACACCCACUCAAACACACACACACACACGUUUCUACUAGCAGAACACUGACUCAGACCCAGGAGCAGAAGGCCCAAGCGCUCCUGGUCGGAUUCUGGAUUUACCAUCGCCGUGGUUCCUGCCCCGCGUGUGAGGAAUGUAAACGCCCGCCGGCGCCACGGACGAACGCAGGAGAGGCGUGGGCUUCGGCGGAGGAGGCGGCGGCGGAGGCAGUUCCCGGCCCGACUUCGGCAUGUCAGGCAACGGGAACCCGUGCCCCCCCGGGGUGCCCCCUCCGCUGGGCGCCUUCUCCGUCCCCCACUACUCCUACUUCUUCCCCCACAUGCUGGGGGGGCUCUCGCCCCCCGCCCUGCCCGGCCUGUCCGUCAGCGGAUACAGCACCCCGUCUCCAGCCACAGUGGAGACCCAGAGCACCAGUUCGGAGGAGAUCGUGCCCAGUCCGCCGUCCCCCCCUCCGCCGCCCCGCAUCUACAAGCCCUGCUUCGUGUGCCAAGACAAGUCCUCAGGCUACCACUAUGGCGUCAGCGCCUGUGAAGGAUGCAAGGGCUUCUUCAGGAGAAGUAUACAGAAAAACAUGGUGUAUACCUGUCACCGGGAGAAGAGUUGCAUCAUCAACAAGGUCACACGCAACCGCUGCCAAUACUGCCGGUUGCAAAAGUGCUUCGAAGUGGGCAUGUCCAAAGAGUCGGUGCGGAACGACCGCAACAAGAAGAAGAAGGAGGAGCGGAAGCCUGAACCCUGCUCGGAGAGCUACGCCCUGACCCCCGACACGGAGGACAUGAUCGAGCGCGUGCGCAAGGCCCACCAGGAAACCUUCCCCUCGCUCUGCCAGCUCGGGAAAUACACGACGAAUAACAGUGCGGAACAGCGUGUGUCGCUGGACGUGGACCUGUGGGAUAAGUUCAGCGAGCUGUCCACCAAGUGCAUCAUCAAGACGGUGGAGUUCGCCAAGCAGCUGCCCGGCUUCACCACACUCACCAUCGCCGACCAGAUCACACUCCUCAAGGCCGCCUGCCUCGACAUCCUGAUUCUGAGGAUCUGCACGCGGUACACCCCCGACCAGGACACCAUGACCUUCUCGGACGGCCUGACGCUGAACCGCACGCAGAUGCACAACGCCGGCUUCGGCCCGCUGACCGACCUCGUGUUCGCCUUCGCCAACCAGCUGUUGCCGCUGGAGAUGGACGAUGCCGAGACAGGGCUCCUGAGCGCCAUCUGUCUGCUGUGUGGAGACCGACAGGACCUGGAGCAGUCGGACAAGGUGGACGUUCUGCAGGAGCCUCUGUUGGAGGCGCUGAAGCUCUACGUGAGGAACCGGAGGCCCCACAAGCCCCACAUGUUCCCCAAGAUGCUCAUGAAGAUCACCGACCUGCGCAGCAUCAGCGCUAAAGGGGCGGAGCGUGUGAUCACCCUGAAGAUGGAGAUCCCGGGCUCCAUGCCCCCGCUCAUCCAGGAGAUGCUGGAGAACUCGGAGGGCCUGGACGGCCGUGAGGGCGGUGGGGCGCGCGGCGGCGGCGGCAGCAGUGGUGGGGGCGCCCCUCCGGGCAGCUGCAGUCCCAGCCUCUCCCCGAGUUCCGAGCAGAGCAGCCCGCCGGCACCCUCGCCCUCGCCCUCCCCCUGAUCUGGACCCACGUCUCUCCGCCCCCACCCCACCCCCCAACCCCGCCUUCUCCCUGCCCUGCCCCACCCCACCCCACCCCAGCCUCACACACACCUCCACCCUGACCCCACCACACAAGAAACAACCAAACCAAACCCAGGCUCCUCUGGAGAGAAGGUAUGGGGAGGAAAAAAAAGAAGAAACCUUCAGCGUGAAAUUGGAGCCCUUUUUAAGCAGGCCCUCGGGCCGAGCUGGGUCGGGCUGGACCAGAACAUUCGGACCAGCUCUGCUGGACCCGCACUCGGACCCACCGCUGACUGAGUUUCCUCAGUUCUGUUUUUUGUUACUGUAACUUUGGGGAGAGCGGGGAGGCCGAGGGGGCCAAGGGUGGCUUGGGACAGGCCACAGCUGGUCAGUCACCUGGCUGGACUGGGGUGGAGUGGAGUGGAGUGGCUCUGAGGUAAUAUUGGUCCGGAUGACCAUGGGAACCUCUCUCUUGAAACUGGAAUCGCAGUCCGAGGUCCAAACCUGCUGAGCCAAGCGCCCGGGCCUCUGUGUGUGUGUGUGUGUGUGAGUGUGAGUGUGUGAAGGGGGGUGGGGUGGGGGGGGGGUGCUAGACUGGGGACUGUGUGGUCAGGCCCAGCCAGCCUUGUUCUCUACGGAUCCGGAUUUGGCGCUGGUCAGUGCAUCCACCUCCGCUCCGCUCCGCUCCGCUCCACACAGCCCUGAGCCGUCCGCCGCUUUCAGGACCCCGCCUCUGCACACCCCACUGUCCAGCUCUGGACCGCUGAGCCGAACCGACUCGCCAUGGGCAAGAACAGGAAGUCAGGCGCUUUUUCUGCUUCCUGUAUAUCUGUGUGUGCGUGCGUGCGCUUGACCACGCCUCCUCCUGUACGGGCCCCUCCUCCCUUUUGGAUCCUGAGAUACCGAUUGGCUGUUUUGGACUUUGGCUGAUCCUUCCCUCUAAAGAGAGGAGGAGAGAGAGGGAGAGGGAGCCCCGCCGGUCAGGCAGGAGAUCUCCCGUUAUCCAGAUGUUGUCAGGGACGUUUCAAAACUUUCGAAACCCUUUCUUUUCUAAUGAGAGAUAUAUGAAUAUAUAAAAUAUCUAUAUUGACAGAAUUAAGAACAUGAUGAACAUUUGAAUUGUCUUAGGUGGAAUGAUGCAUUAAAAUCAUUUGUUUUUCUUUCUUAUUGAUUAUCGUCCCUCAGAGUUAGAUAGAGUUGUGUUGACUCCACCAUCACCCCUCCUACACACGCGCACACGCACACACACACACACACACACACACACACACACACACACACACACACACACACACACAUGCACACACACGCACACACACACACACACACGCACACACACACACACACACACACACACUCACUCACUCACUCACUCACAGAAUUUGUAUUCACACCUUGCGGACUGAUGUGGUCACUUCUGGGACUGUUGCUGUAGAAGUGACUGGAUACUGUUCACGUCAUGCACAUCAGGGGCUCGGUCACUGACUGUCCAACAAACCAGUUCAAAUCACCAGACUCACCAGCUGUAAAGAGUACUGUUAUGUUCAUGUCCAUGAGAGAGACAGAGACAAAGCGAAAGAGAGAGAGAGAGAGAGAAAUGGAGAGAAAGUGGUGCAGAAGAGGUGAUUCUGACAGUGAAGAGAAAUUGAAGAUUGCCUUGUGAGUGUUUCUGGUCAUGUCCUGUCAGAUGAUGCAGAGAUAGGAGACUAUUGCCAAGGAGGACAUGAUGUGCAAGAUAUGUAUUCUUCUGUUGGUCUCUGGGGAGGUUGAUCUCUGUCAAUGUGUUAAUGCCUUUCAUAUGACCUUUAUUUCUUCUGUUUUUGUGUUAAGUUUUCAGGGGUGGGUUUGAGGACUGUGGGGGGUCCUAGGGUUAGGGUUGGAGUUGAAGUGGGGUGAACUGGACUGAACAUUCUCCUACAGAGCUAACUGUUUUAGCUGCUAACUGCUUGUUCUCAAGAGUUAGAGUAAGUCCUCAAGGAUGCUGGUUCUCUCAUCCCACGAUUGGAUACCCAACCGAAACCAGCUGCAUUGUUUUCAAAGAACAAAUCAGAUGCUCCAUUUCCCUCACCACUGAAUGUGAUGCCCCCCCCCCCCCCCCCCCCACGAUCCCCCCCAAAUCCAGCCUCCCUACUCCCAACUCACUGUGUGUGUAUCAUGUCCUUACUGUACAUGUGUCCCAAACAACAGUACUGCCUCUACAACAACACACACACAUUCAGUGCACAGCACAGCACAGCACAGCACCGCACCCCACAACAUAACUGCCUCUAUUCCGUUCAAACACCUCCUAACUCCUACCCUGUACGGCUCCCUGUAAACCUCACAAGAGAUGUACGCUGAAAUAAAGCUCGGCUCAGCGAAGCAUCAAAGUGCGCCUAGUCACAUUCUGGCAAAGGGACAUGCACUACAGGAAGUGUGUAGAUAAGGAAUGGGGUUCCGUUAGUUCACAUUAUAGGAAAGCACUUCCUUGGAAUUAUUCAGUGUUUCGGCUUCAGUGUGUCAUUACUGGAGGCCGUUGAGAUUUUGACUUAACCACAACGUAAGGACGGAACACUUGACUUUUUCACAGUCCUAUUCUUAAACAAUAAACGAAAUGAUGACGUGAGCUUUUGGGUGUUUACAGUGAGCUAUACAGGGGUUUUCUCCUCUCUCCUCCCCCCACCAACAUCACUGCCUCCUAGCAGACAAUCACCUAACCUGUGGCCAACAGCACUGCCUCUGUGAACACUUCAUCCUCGUGUGGGCGAGCAAGCCACGGCUGCACUGCCUCUGCACUGUGUGUUCAGUGGAACCACGCUGCCCGAACGCAUCAUGGGGUUUUAGAGUUAAAAAAAAAAAAAGUAGUAAAAUAAACAAAGAAACAAAUACGUGUAAAAUCACAAACAGCUACGCAAAAUCACUGUGUCACAGCCAAAGCAGGGUCUCUCUCCCUCACACACAUACACACAUGCACGCACACACACACACCACAACCAACAUCAACUUUCUCUCUUUUUUCCUCUCGCUGUCUGUCUUUUCCCUCUACCUGUUUCUCUCUUUCACACACACAAAGGAUGGACAGCUGCCCAAGGCAACAACCCUCUCACCCCUCACAACCAAGGCACAACUCUCUUAUCUCUUUCCUUGACACUUGUAAUACAGCUGGACGCACAAAAAUGAAACUGUUAUUAUUGUCAGAUCCUUGGAUGAAGAGAAUGAUGAUGAUGUUUAAUAAAGAAUCAUGUUUUGUGUGUGUUUAUGAUAA